CCGGGCCCUCAGCGCUCUCCUGCCCUCAGCAGUGAGUCUUGUCUCUGCUCCGGCAGUCUGCUGCGGCCAGGUUCUACGUCCGGCUUUUGAGUCGUGGAGACAACGAUGAACGUCCUCCUGCUGGCGGCUUCGCUGCUGGCGCUGGCUCCAGGCCUCCAGGCGGCCGAGGUGCUGGGCAUCUUCCAGUCGGUGGGCCGCAGCCAAUGGGUGCUGGCCGAGACGUACCUGAGGGCGCUGGAGCAGCGCGGCCACCGCAUCACCGCCGUCACUACCUUCCCCUCCAGCCAAGGCGGCACCACGGGCAACUGGACCGAGAUCCUCAUACCCAACCCUUUCGAAACCGGAGAGGAGAUAGACUUCUUCGAGAUGAGCACCAGCAACAAGUUCGUAGAAAUGAUAGAGGCCACAACGUACGGGCAGGCUUUCUGCGACCUGUUCCUGAUGGACGAGAACGUGCAGCGGCUGUACAGAUCCGGGAAGAAGUUCGACGUGGUCGUGCUCGAGGUGGUGAUGUCGGAGUGCCUCGUGGGCUACGCGCACCUGUUCAGGGUGCCCGUCGUGGCCAUCUGCACCUUCAUGGGGCUCGACUGGAUGGCCCACAUGGUGGGGAACCCCAUGCCGUACGCGUACGUGCCUUCCCCGUUCCUCGGCUACAGCACGCCCAUGAAUUUUCUCGAGCGGGUGGACAACACAUUUUACUCGCUGACCUUCAAUUUGAUUCGCAACUUCUACUACAUGCCGAAAGUGGACGCCCUCUUCCGGACCCACAUGAACGACAGCACGCUGCCCAGCCUGUCGGAGGUCGAGAGGCGUACGUCGCUGCUGCUGGUCAACUACCACUUCUCGCACGGGUGUCCGAGGCCCCUAGUGCCCGCCAUGAAGGAAGUCGGCGGUCUGCACGUCAGGGAACCCAAGAAGCUGCCACAGGACUUGCAGAAGUUUCUGGAUGAGGCGACAGACGGCGUGAUCUACUUCAGCAUGGGGUCCAACGUGAAGAGCAAGCACUGGCCGGCCGAGAAGCGGCAGGCCUUCGUGGACGUCUUCUCCAGGCUCCGGCAGCGGGUGCUCUGGAAGUGGGAGGCCGACUCGAUGCCCGGACAGCCCCCCAACGUCAGGACGGGCAAGUGGCUGCCGCAGUCCGACAUACUCGCCCACAAGAACGUGCGCGCCUUCAUCUCGCACGGCGGCCUGCUGAGCACGCAGGAGGCGAUAGCGCGCGGCGUGCCCGUGGUGGCGCUGCCCGUGUUCGCCGAACAGGAGCUGAACGCCAUGCAGGCCGUCCAGCAGGGCUUCGCCGUGCUGCUGCAGCUGCGCAACAUCACCGCCGAGUCGGUCCAGUGGGCGCUCGACCAGGUGCUCAGCGAGCCCAGGUACCGCGAGAACGCCCAGCGGCUGUCUAGGAUCUUCAACGACCGCCCGAUGAAGCCGCUGGACGAGGCUGUCUACUGGACAGAGUACGUGGUCAGGCACCAGGGGGCACCACACCUCAGGUCCGCGGCGCUGGACCUCACCUGGUACCAGUACUUCCUACUAGAUGUCGUCGCCGUGCUGGUAGCCGCGGCCGCGGUGCUGCUCCUAGCGGCGGGGAUCGCAAUCAGGGCCGUGUUGCGGCUGUUCGCCGGCAAGAAGGCAGCGCCGCCUCAAACCGCGAAGAAAUCAAAGAAGACGCACAAGAAGGAUUGAGCUUACUUAGUUUACAGUGUUUUUACAUCUGACAUCAGCUCUGUGAAAAUUUCAAGCUGAGAAAUGCUCAUUAUUCAUACUCAUGUCCGCGUAAAAUAAAUCGCCCUUCUUCUGCUUUCUUCA